UACCUGUCUGAUGUAAAUCAGCGCUACGAGCAGGUGCGUCAAGGUGCCAGGUGACUAAGCUCAGAGAGAAGACGGAAGAAGCCCUGUUCGGUUUACAGUUGUUUCAUAGGUAAAGUGAUGGAGCAAAGAAACCUUGGACAGGAAGUUGAGGAGCAGCUCAAUGAUCUGGUGUCCCGGUUUCAGUCAAAGGAGUUCUUUCAGUCUGACUGGGACAUUGCCUCUUGUGCUGUCUUCUUCACCUUCAUCGGUAUGGUUCUUCUGCUGGUCAGCUUGGUCCUCAUCCACUGUUGCUGCUGCUGCUGCUGUGAAGAGAAGCCCAGAAGACACAAGGUUGGAAUAGAUAACAUGGCUCUGGAACCGUGACGCACUGGCAAAGGAUGAAAACCUUAAAUCUCACUGCUGGAAAUUCAGAUUCCUCUCUCAAAAUGGCUGAGAAAUGUUUUUGUAUGGACCAGAUGAUUUCUGCUGGAGGCAUUUUCCAGUACUUUUUUCUAUGUGCCAAAUCAAAUAUUAUGUUGUCUUUAUAAAUUGUCCUCUGCAGUUUAGAUACGAAAAUGUGUUGACCUACUUUUGCUGUCUAACAGGGAAUAUUUGGGAUGUGAAAUGGGAUAGAGUUGCUGGAAUACUGCUGGCUGAACUCUCAGUAGCGCUGCAUGAAGUCUUCAUCUUCUCUAAAACUUGCAAUCCCUGACACUGAAAAGCGAGUUCACUUAGUAUUUUAGAAUGACGAACAUGUCUCGAAAAUUGACUUUCUCUCUCAUGUAGAUCACACUUUAAUUUUCUUAUUGAAAUAUUCUUAGCAUGAAAACUGAAGUUUCUACUUAAAUUGUAUUUUUAAAAUUUUGACAAGCAAGUUUUUUUUUACCCAUGCGUGUGGUCAAAUCAUUCAUGAAGCACUUUAAUAAACAGGUUUGGUUAAGAAAUCUUCAGUAGUUCAUAAA